AUGUCGAACGACGCGCAAGUAGAGGAUCACUACUUCUCUGCCAACCCGCCACCAAAGGCCCUUGCUAGACAUGUGGCCCAGGCGAGCGCCUUUCUGGACCAUCAAGUCGCCUCAGACCGCCCUGUUGUCCUCAUCACCUCGGGCGGCACGACCGUGCCCCUAGAGCGCAACACGGUCCGCUUCAUCGACAACUUCAGUGCCGGCACUCGCGGCGCCACCUCGGCCGAGUAUUUCCUCGAGGCCGGGUACGGCGUCAUUUUCCUGCAUCGCGAAUUCAGCCUCCAACCCUACAGCCGCCACUACUCACACGCCACGGACUGCUUCCUCGACUUCCUCCAGGAGAGCCCCGACGGCAGCGUUGUCGCCAACAGCGCCCCACCAAGAGAAGAUGCUCGCCGUCCUCCGCAAGAGCAGGUCCUCGAAGGCCUCGAAAAGGAACUUCGCGCAGGGAAGAAGGCGCGAGAAGCCAUGGGAGACGCUGCUCCCUCUUUCGGUCGAGGCUUUUCAGGACGCGAUCACACAGGUCCGGGAGGCGGUGUUCUGGGCAAGAGGCGGCGUGGCACGGAAGCUGCUUCAAGUGACGAGGACGACGACGACGUGCCAGAGGACGUCAAGCGUAUCCCUAUGCCGCGAGACACGCCGCCUCCGAUUCCCAAGGAUGUCAUGGAUGCCUGGUGGGCGCGGCGACGUGCGCGGCGGCAAGCAGAUCGACAGGAGGAUGAAGGGGCAGAUUCACAACCACGGAAAGCAGGAAGACAAACAGUGCAAAACGAAGCCCCUGCCGUGGAAGCAAGAACCGUGUACGAAGCGAAACCGGUUGUUCGCAAUCUCCAGAAGGAGGCCGUCUCGGCCUUCGUGCCCAGUGUCGUCAGAGCAAAAAUUGGACAAGAGCAAAGGGCGCGGUGGGCUGAUGGAGCCAGAAGAAGCCAGUCAGCUGGAGAAAGAGGGCUACUUAAGACCUCGAAUAGAGCAGGGGGGCUCUGCAUCGCACAGAGCAACUGUAGAGGAAGCAGCGGAUGA